AGCACCAUGCUGGACAUAGCCUGCAUAACACUGACAAAUAUCUGAUCACUAGUACACCAGUUAAACUUCAUUUCAAUUUUUCAUUACUGCGAAAAGGGGGUCUCGGUUGAGUCACGAUUUAAGUUGAUCGUUUGACCUCAUCGAUGUGAUCAGCAAACUACGGUCACAAGAGAAUUCCCCUAGUCCCGCCGGUCUGUACAGUGGGAUUUGUCGUUCGGGACUACUUUUUAUCCCGAGUGACUGAACAGUUGUAGCAUUGGGGUUAAAAACUGACCGUAAUACAGAAAUAAAGGCCUCGACAACGUUUUCUCUGGGGUGUUUACGAUCUGGCUGCGAGGCCACGUGCGCCUGUGCUACCUGUACACAGGUAGAGUUCCACGAAGCAGCCGAUAGGGGGCAGUCCUGAUUUUAAAAUGGCCUAAACUUGAAAGCAAGCGGACUCAAAGCGCAAAGGAACGGCGACCGCUUUCCGUACCGUGCGAGGGGUUUGUUUGCCCCUACCCCCUCCCCCUUCCUUGUGAUGCUGCGGAGCGUUUGGUACCUUUCAGCGUACAAGGUGGGAAAUAAGACGUACAAGCUUUCGCCCCCUCACGGCCUCGACACUGUAAUGCGGAAUUAAUAAACAAGGUGCGGACUGUCUUGAUGCUCUUCCACUCAGGGUCUGCAGCCUCCUUUCCUUUCAUAAGCCAGUGAUGUCAUGUGAUAAGGACUUCCCUGAGAGAAAGAUGUGAAGUUAGAUUCCGGGCUCAUAUCUUAAGGCUGAAAUAGUGGUAAGACGUAUCCCACCCCGCCUCCAAGGAUAAAGGCUUUUUUUUCAUGGGUUUGAGAGUGACAGGGACCCUCUGAGAGCCUGUGAACUUCAGGACAUGAGUUCCCAGGGGCAGCCUGCUGGGCCAGUCCACCCUGGCUGCCAUGACAACCAGGGCGAGAUCAAGAAUAACAACAAGCAGGGUCUGUGUGUUCCCGAGGUAGACGCCGACACCAACGCCAAUGAGAUCCAGGACGUGGGCGGGACGGGGGACGUGGGAGCGCCACCCCCUUUGGUGUCCCAGAGCGAGGAGCAGGACAAGGUCAUAAUCUGGGGGACAGACUCUCAGUGCGACGACCCGGACCUGGAGGAGUUUGAGAUGCUGGAGUGCCAGGAGCUUGAGGCCUACCUGGUGGAGGAGGAGGAGGAGGAGGAGGAGGAGUACGGGAGAGGGGCAGAGUCAGGGUCUGGAGGUGGGCGGUUUCUGGAUGAGCGGUCCAUGCCUCAUAGCUCUGCCCCCACAAUGGCAAUGGCGACAAAUAAAGAUGAAAGCUACGAGGACGUGGGGAGGGAGGUGAGACGAGGAGGGCAGGACCCAGAGUCCACUGUCUCAUUGUCGGUGAAGAGCCAGGAGAGAGCCGCGCGCCUCACCAAGGCCGAGUUCAGCUCAGAGAACGACAUCUUCGUCUCCUGCCUCUCCAACAUGUCCAGCCUGGGCGGCAGUCUGGCCAGUGCCCUAGACAGCACGGGCCGGGCCAAAACGGUCGAUCCCUGCCCCGCCCCAUCCGCUCCAUCUUGGACUAUCUCUGAGGACUUUACCCUGGCCUCCCAGUCCAUCCCCAACGUUUCGGUGAGGUGCAGCGUUCUUCAGGAUAACGAAGGCCCCCUGGGUAAUUCUGGAAGAAGCGCCUCCCAGUCCAGCAGCAUCGACGUGAAUCUGAACUCGGCUGUGUUGCCACGGGAACUCGGAAGCUCAGAAGCGCAAUCGGGACAGGUGGAACCAAGGAUGAGGAGAAGCCCAUCGCUGGAUGGGUUGGGUUCGCUGACUAACGGAGCGGGGAAAUGCCAGAGCCAUGCAGAGCGGAGUGACCACAAAGGAUACCCUCAGAUGACUGCGGGAGACCACAAGGAGGUCCACAAACGGGGGGAGGAGACACAGGGAGGCCUGGGAAACAAGCCCCACCCCUGCCCUCCGGACACCGCGAAGCCGAUGGCCAGCUCAGAGGGUGUGCGGCCAAACGUGGAGACUCAGGGCUCCAGGGCUUCCCCUACUCCAGGAGCGGGUUCGCAGAAGCCCGGCCCCAGGACGAGCGGGAAACCCUCCCAGGACACAGAGACGCCUGACGUGAACAGUAACCCCGUGAAGGCAGACCCCAGGGGAGGUCCUGGGGAGCCCAGGCCCCUGAGGAAGCAGGGCUCCUUCGAGCAAGGCCGCAGUUCCAGCCCCUCCUCCCUGGAGAAGAGGAACCAGCUGGCCAGGAAGCCCUGGGGGAGUCCCACGCGGGCUGUCACCCCCCCAUCCCCAAAGACCUCAGGGUCACCGAGGAGGAGAGCCCCAUCGUCUCCCGCUAAGACCGCCACGGCCACUAGAGCCCCCCAUCCGGAGUGCCCUGAUGUUCCUCAAGGGGGCGGCGGUGUCUCCAAACCUCUUGGGAAGGUGUGUCCCAGCAGCGGCAUCCCCAAACCAAUCCUCCAGCACCCCCCAAAGCCAACGGACAAAGUUGAGCCAGACAACAGGAGCACAAGAUCGCCCCCACCUCACUACCCACCCAAACCCAAGAACGUGCGCCCCAAAAUCAUCACCUACAUACGCAAGAGCCCUCAGGUGAAGCCCCAUGCCCCCGACGCCCCUUACGAGAUUGCCACGCUCCCUUCCAGGCUAUCGCCGUACCCCAGCCCAAUGGCCAGCAAGGACCCCAAAACUGGGGGCCACCACCCCAAAGCUGCCCCAGCGCUAAGCGCGGCUAACCUGCUGUACGAUAAGUACCGGCAGGAGAUGCAGAAAGCCUGCUACUACGCCCCAGCGCUGAUGGUGUCUGGCAUCAAAGCCACCAGUCACGCUGUACCCCACAAUCUGAGUGGGAAGUCAGAGAGCUUUUACGGGGAACUCACCGACAAGUACCUGCAGGAGAUGGGUAGAGGAGGUGCAGUCGCACUUGGGGUCCCCGGACGGGACGACCCCACGGGCCCGCCAAUGGGCCCCCACGAGGCCGCGGGUCUGUUCCGCUCCCCCCGGGUUCUGAGGCCUCAGCUGGGACUGGGCGCGGUCACCAGGCUGCCCUCAGCCAAGAACAGGAUGCUCGUGACAGGUCAGAGGUCAGCCAUGACCUUCAGCCACCCGACUCCGAUGGCCAGUCCACCUCUUCAGUGCUACCAGGACCCCUCAGACCAGGGCAGGAUGGGCUCAGAGACGGGCCCCCGAUCGCUCCUCCCUAAACCGGGGCAGUCCGGGCUGCGCCCCCCCGGGUACUCCCGCCUGCCCGCCGCCCGCCUGGCCGCUUUCGGCUUCGUCCGCAGCGCCAGCGUCUCGUCCGUGUCCAGCAACCAGUCCCACGACAGCAGCCACAGCGACCCCUGCAGGCCUACGCAGCGUCCAAGCAGUGGGAGUGAGGAUGUUCCCCUCCAAAGGGCCUCCACCCCGUCCAGUGAGGGGUCCCGGGGCCCCAGCACCCCCGCCACCACCCGCCGCUCCCUGCUCCCCCCUCCCCGGGGGUCCCCUGUCGCCGCGAGGAAGGAGAUGCAGAAAGACCCCGAAGCUUCUCGGUCGGCAUCCUCGUCCCCGAAGAGGUUUGCGGUGGUCUCUCCCAAGCCCCAGUCCCCAGUGCACACGCGUCAGAAGCCGGCGGCGGCGGCGGGGGUGGCGGUACGGGGCGGGGCGGGAGGAUCCCCCCGGCGGGACGGGGGGCAGGAUUCGGAGCGGCUGCUGGUGCAGAGGCUGAGGGAGAGGUGCGAGGACCAGGCCCGGCAGCUCCAGAGCCUGCAGGCCGAGCUGAGGAAGGCCACCCUGGGCCUGGAGGUCUUCGCCAUCACCACCCAGCACUUCUGUCAGAAGAGUGAGGCUGCUAUCGUGAAGGAGAGAGAGCUGUCCUUGGAGCUUUCCAGAAUCAGGGAUGAAGUGGCCUUUAACGUGUCGCGCUGGGAGCGUCUGCAGCGGGAAAAGGAGGACCUGGAGCGGCGCUUUGAGCAGGAGCUGCGGAGGCUGCAGGAGCAGCAGGAGGCGGAGCUGGGGGCGCUGGAGGAGCGGCUGAAGGCCCGACACCGCGCAGAGAGGGAGCGCCUGUGCGCCCAGCAGCGCGCCGAGAUGGAGGAGCUGCGCACGCAGCAGCAGGAGCAGAUGGAGGAGAUGAACCAAAACCAUGACGCGGCCAUGGUGGAGAUGGAGAACCACCACAGCGUCACCAUAGCGACGCUGCAGGAGGAGCACGCCAAGACAGUCAGAGACCUAAUUUCAGCUCAUGAGCAGCAGAGGAGGGCUUUGGAGGAGGACUUUGAGAAGCUCAGACUCUCACUGCAGGACCAGGUGGACACUCUGACGUUUCAGAAUCGCAGCCUGCGAGACCGAGCCAAGCGCUUUGAGGAAGCCCUGCGGAGGAGCACUGACGAGCAGAUAGUGGACGCUCUGGCUCCCUAUCAGCACGUCGAGGAGGACCUGAAGAGCCUGAAGGAGGUUGUGCAGAUGAAGAACCAGCAGAUCCACGAGCAGGAGAUAAAGAUCACCGAGCUGGAGAAAAUGGCUCAGAAGAACGUGGUGUUAGAGGAGCGGGUUCAGGUGUUACAGCAGCAGAACGAGGAUCUCAAGGCCAGGAUAGACCGCAACCUCGCCAUGUCCAGGCAGCUCUCGGAGGAGAACGCGAACCUGCAGGAGCACGUGGAGAAGGAGAGCAGCGAGAAGAAGCGCCUGAGCCGCACCAACGAGGAGCUGCUGUGGAGGCUGCAAACGGGGGAGCUGAGCCCUCGCAUGUCCCCCUCCGCCUCCCCCAUCCACCGGGCCUCCCCGGGCCCCGCCUCCCCCUCCCGGCUCCAGCCCUUCCCCAGAUGAGCGGCCCCCCCCGGCCCCUCCCCCCCACCCCACCCCACACCCCACGCCCCACGCCCCCCCGCCAUAACGUCGCUCGUAAGAACAUCAGAAGAACGUAAUGACGAGAAAGGAGAAUUGGUGAUUCAGCCCGUGUGGGCUCGCCAUUUACCGCUUUGUCCUGUUUCAAUGUGUCUGUCUAUCAGUCUGUCACAGGGGUACGGAGGGACAGCCCUCUCUGUGUGGUGGAGGGGGCGGGUGUCGCCCUCGUCACUGUCCCCGUCACACCCGAGGAACGUUCAUGAAGGUACACACAAAAAAAAGACACUCUGGAAGGCCUCUUUUUUUCACCUGCCCUGUCCAAUCAACUGUCUUCUAAUCAAGUCUGAGCUGUAGAGUGUGCACAGUACAGAUGGACACAAACCCUCACCCAACACCCCCCCCCCCCCACCCAAACUCUCUUUGCAAUCUGUUUCCCAUCCUGACUCAAAUGUGCAGAAAGACUGGUGGUGUGUUUCCAAGGUACAAAUCCCAGAGGCUUUCCCCUGCAUUUGGGGGCUUUCCUCCAAUUUUCUGACAGUUUCUGAAGGUGUCGCAGGCCUUUGAAACAUAACCAUGGGCAGUUUUCAAAUGUAGACUUUUACACUGGCCUGCUGUACUCCUCCUGUUGGAUGUAACACAAGAAAGGGGGGGGGGGUGUGGAGGACGUCCGUGACGACCGACAGGUGGGCUCCAGAGGCACAGAUUUAUCCAGGAAUGGGACCAUAAGCACAUGUCGCCUGCCUCGGUGCCCCCCCCCCCCCCCCCCCCUUCCAGGAUGACGGAUGUUCAAACGUAACGCAGCUCGUUCAGAAACACAGCAAACGCAUCCGCCUUGGCUGCUUGCCUCCCGUAUAGACAGCCAUUCAGGUCCGCUCACCAGCAAUAUCACACUUGCAGUCAAAAUCAAACUAGUGUCAAAAUAUCACCAGUACAUAAACAAACUUUUCAUCAUCCCCCAUGCGUGUCAUAUGGGAGCAUGCAAAAAAAUCACACAUUUAUUUUCAAAAUGGCCCUUCAGACUAGAAAAUCUUGUGGUUGUUGAGCCUUGACUCUGGGAGAGUGCUUGAAAUAAGGUGCAUUAUUAUUAUUAUUAUCAGUAGUAGUAGUAGUAGUAGUAGUAGUAGUAUCAGGAGCAGCAGCAGUAGCAGCAGCAGUAGAAGUAUUGCACAGUCAUUGCAAUAUGCAGUGAACUCUAUUUUGAAUUUGGCAGAAGGAAGAACUGUAUGUGCAGCCCAGGCCACUGCAAUAUACAGUAGCAUAUGUUGAAGUGGAGCACAAACACUGAGACCUUUAGACUUGCCUCUGCUGUAAUGAGUGACAGCAUGUCACUUUGACAACAGCCAAUCACAGUGUAGUGGGCGGUUGCUUGUAGGAACAUCUUUUUCUUUGCACAGAAAUGUAUAAAUGGAAGAAACACUUUAUGUAUGUACAUGGGCAAGUGACUGGGACAUACUGUAUAUUGAAAAACGAAUGUUAUUACGUGUUAUUAGUGUUUAAAUUUUUCAUUAGCCUCAUCUCAGAUCUUGUUUGAAAGGCUAGUACAUGGCUGGCUUAACUAUGUAAAUAUAGUCGGAUGGUAGGACUGGCUGUAUUAUGGUAAUUGGCUGGUUAACCAGUGUUGCUCUUUUCCCAGGGUUUUUACUGUACCUGCCAGCUACCUUGUUUAGCCUAAGCUGUGUUGGCUAGCAGGUUAAUCAAAUAAUUGUUUAUUGACUGGUCUACAAAGAAUAUAUUAUUUUUCCCCCAGAAUGAUAGACUACCUGGUUAAUAUAGAUUGUUUCACAUACACUAGAAGAAACUGGAACUUUGACUUUUCUUUCUAAAUGUCCCCUUUGAUGACUGACAUAAAAACGUGAAAUUCCACAGAACAUGGCAAUGAUUCUACAUGCUUUAGAAUGUAUUUAGUCAAGCCUUAUUUUUCCCCAUUUUGAGUUAUUUCGUGAAUCUACAAUAACUCUUAAUGGUUGGUGUCUUAAAAGCUAGGAGGAGCACUUUUUUAUUGAAUGUGUUGUGGUCACAAACCUUUACUUUGAUACCAAAAUGUAUAUUGGAAGUUUCAAUAAUGUUAAAGCCUUAACAGUUCCAGUAAAUAAGUAGAUUAAAUAUUAGAUAUUAAAUUGAUGAUUUCCUCCAGCUCUGUUCUGAUGAUCAACCUCCUCAAGGUGAUCUAUCCUGUAGCUGAAAUUGUCAGACGGGUCUGAAAAAUAUUGCCACCAGUUCAGAUUGCGCUACUUCCACUGUUGUGUACAAGAGCCCAGUUUCGCUUUGCUGCACGGUAACAUCUGACAUGAAAAUUCAACAGCCAUGCCGAGACGUCUAGUUUUAAAAAUAAAUAAGACGAAGGCUUUUGAAGCUAUCAUGUCUUUUUAGCAUGAAUGGGAUGGGUGGGAUUAAAUGUGAUUGACUGCAAUGUGAAAGGCAUUGAUAGGUACUAACACGUUGGCAUAGGUACAUCAUUUUGAGAGCACAUCUAUUUGUCGGAACAAUGCUACUUUGAGAGAGAGGGGUUUAUGUCAGGGUGGCCAUUUUGAUAAAAAAUACUCUACAGUCUUUUUUAAAUGGGGCAUUCAUUUUUAGACCUUUUUUCAUUCUUAGAUUUAAUUUGCUCAUGGGGAUGAUGAAAAGUUCUCAUCAGUUACAGAACCAUUACGUGCAUUUACUUCGUAACAGGACCAUUGAAUGUCAGAAUUUAUCGAGGCUGUCUUAGCCGGGGCUCUCGAACCCUGGACCACCUUGCCCGGGCUCACCGCUGCCCCACCUUGGGCAAAUCCAUACCUGCUCUUCUCUGAUGGAAACACUCAUUUUCUACGCAGUAUCUGUGGUUCAGAGGAAUCAGCCAAUCAACAGAGGCCACCGUUAAAGUCAGCCAAUCAACAGGAGCCACAAUUAAAGAAAAUUUGAUGAUGCCAAAUGCAGUUGUUUUCAUAUGACGUUUACUUAGUGAAAAUUCUUGCUCUGUAAAGCAUGUACUGUAAGUCUUCCAGUUGUUAUAUAUAAUUUUAGCUUUCAUUUUCUUCUGCAGGUUUUCCCAGGGGGCCCAGUUUUAUGUAAUUUAGGAAGGCUUGGUCGUUUAAUGGAGAAAUUGUCCUCUAUAUCAGGGGUGUCCUGGAGGGCUGCUGUAUCUGCUGGCUUCUUGGUGCUUCUCUGCACUUAAUUAGUAGUGAUUAAGUGAAGUCAUUGAUUGGCUGAAGAGACCACACACCUCAUUUCCAAGGCCUAAAAUGGCCCCUGUUUUGAAAGGGAAGCUGGAGAGACCACAGCCUUAUAGGACUGGAGUUUCACUCCCCUGCAUUAGGUGGAAGGGAGAGCACAAAGUCUGUCCCAUUGAGGGAAUUUGGUCAUUGUGACCAAACGCUGGUCAAGUCGCCUUUGAUUUGAAAGUAUAUUGAGUCAGUCCGUGAAUCGGCUUAGGUAAGACAGUCAAGAGGACGUUUUUCCUUCGGUAGGUUUUUAAGCGCCAGUGCGGCCUGUGCAGAACAGGGAUGGCCGCCGUGUGUUAGCUUUAAGAAACUUGCAGAGUCUCCCGUCCAACGUGUCGUUGAAAAGGUACACUUGAAACUCAUGCAUUACUCAUGAGUGAAGGAAGAGAAAAACAGGACAAGCGAACUGCUCCAUGCAACGCAGUGCAAGGACACUAGAGAGGCACAAGACCUAGAGAGAAGGACAUUGAAUCUUCUGUUUGGCUGGGUCACAGUCCCAGUGUUGGACAUUCCUGUGGAAAAUAACAAGCCAUGCACUGAUUCCCACUGAUCCGUGAAGUACAGACCUAUUCAGUAUUGCGCUGGUCAGUUUUGCUGAAAACCAUAUUUGAAGUUGAUGCCACAUUCAAUAAAAUGGAUUACUCAAUGCAAUACCAAUACAGUAGGUUCAUCAAAUCUCUAACAGAUGCAACACCUUGUUCAAAGUGUCAUCGUAGUGUCGCUCACUAUUCAAUGGUUAGCCUUUGCUCCUGGGGAACCUCAUUCAGAAAAGUGUUUACGAAAUGCGUAUAGUACUAACACAGGGGUACGCAGUAUAGACCACUGCAGUAUACAUACAAAAUCCAGGAACUCUACCAGGCAACUGAACUGAAUGUAUGGAAAUGUGCAGCUACACUGUAUAUUUUUUUCAUUUUUUACUUAUUUAUUUGUUUAUUUACUUAUUUAUUUAUUUAUUUAUUUGUCUUCAUUUAUAGUAAAGGACUAUUUUCUUUUCACCUUCAAUCUAUUUCCAUGUGUUCCACCUGGUUUAUUCUUGAACAUUAUGCAGUGUUUCAGUUUUGGUGUCAAAAUUCAGGACCAAUCCCUUCAUAGAAUCCAUGAUUAGCAGGUAUGAGAACAGGGGUGGAACGCAUUGGCAUAGAGAUAUCCAGAAACUUGGCUCGCUACGUUUGAUAUUUGAUAUACUUACAAUUGGUAAGGUUCUUUCUGACCAUGGUCAGGUGUGGGUGGUUGCUAUGAUGACUCAUUGGCAGGACGAUCAUUAUGUGUUUGAACCUUAUACUAAUCCGUUAAUCGCUGUAGAUAUGCAAUUAAUUAUUCGCUCAGAUACUCAAAACCAAAAUGCGCUGGUUUUCUAGGGUUUCCUAAUGUUUAGGUAUUCACAGAGGAUUACUCCACCUCCUCUGGAGAGCCUGAGGAUUUUGUAUCACUUCAGAAAUAAAAUGUCUGUGGGAUUUACCACAUGCAACAAAAAUGUUUUUAACAAAGGAAGUGGGAUGGUGAUCAUUAAAAAGUAUAUUAAUAUUUUGUACUUUUUUCAGUAUACCAUAUCCUCAAUCACAGAAUGUUCUCAGGUCUUGAAAAGGAGUUAUGACUCCCUUCAGAAGCUAAAUGUUGAUUACUAUCAUACUUCCAGAUACAUUAUUUUAGUCUUUAUAUUUGUUAUUGUUAUGUUGACUUUAUAUGAGUUAUUUAUCUUAUGUAUGUAUUUUCCAAGCAUCCAUAUCAUUGCUCACAAAAUAACUACAUCUGGUACUGAUCUUUAUUUGAAAGUUAUGACCAAACCUACGCUCGCUCAAUAUAUUUUGAAAAAUAUAAAUCAAAGUAUCGUUUUGGUCAAGGAGCUCUUAAAAGCUGCAACAAUGGAGGCAAUGAACAAUGAAUGUAUUGCCAAAUACGUAUACAUCAAUAAUUAACAGCAACAGCAACAAUGAAUAGGCUAAUCUCUUAAAUGGUAUCAUGUGCUGCUUCCUCUGAUAAUGUCACCUUGAAACCACCAUUUUGUUCCCUGAAUAUAAUUCCGUUCUUGCACAGGGUCUGUCCACUGCUGUUAAAUGAAGGCUAUAAUAGUAUGUAUUUACACAUAUGUACAUGAAAUAACCUCAGAAUCAGGUACUGGAAGUGCACUGUAUCUGUGUCCUGUGGACAUAAGCAUUUACCCAACAACUGAAUGUUUGCUCUUCUGUAGAAUAGAAAGUCUGGGUUGCUGUAUUUAAGUAUUUUGGGGAGGGAGGGGGGGGGAGGGGUGUUUAUGACAAGUUUCUACAUUUUAGUUGUUGCUCUCCUGAUUUGGUUGUACAGAUUGUAGUAUAUUUAUUCUGUAAUCCACGUUUCAGCAAACGUAAACACCAACGCAUGUCCAUUUAGCCGUUUGUAUGUUUGCUUUGUUGUCGUUGUUGUUGUUGUUUUUAAAGCGUUUCAUUAUGGUAAAUGUGUAAAAAUAGCAUAGAUAAUCAAAAAUGUACGGAAUGAAUAAAACACGUUGUAUGUACAUGUCGGCACCUUUAUUGCGCUUUGGGUUAAAAUAUUAAAACGUGUCACAAAA